AUGAAGUUGAAUUUGGCUGCUGCUUUGGCAUUGACGCUCACCGUUAUAUUACCAGUUUGGGGUCAACAGCGUGUGAACUGUAGAUGGGGGCCAUACGGAGAGUGGUCCGAGUGCGACGGCUGCACCAGAACAAAGGUCCGAACUCGCCACGUGGACGUGUACGCCCAGUUUGGCGGUGUGCCGUGUUCAGGAGACGCUACUCAAACACAGUCGUGUGAACCGGUGAAAAGGUGUCCCCUGGAAACAGGCUGUGGAGACCGGUUCCGCUGCACCUCCGGUCAGUGCAUCAGCCCGUCUUUAGUGUGCAAUGGAGAUCAGGACUGUGAGGACGGUCUGGACGAGCAAGGCUGUGAUCGGGACAACAGCCAUGACUCCUGUGACCUGGACAAAACGCCUCCCAACUCGGAGUUUACAGGCAGAGGCUACAACGUCCUGACGGGAGAACUGAGAGCGGCGGUGAUCAACACCCUGAGCUUCGGAGGGCAGUGCAGGAAGGUCUUCAGCGGCGACCACAAAGUCAUGUUCAGACUGCCUCAGAACAUCCUCAGAUACAACUUUGAGGUGAAAGUAGACAAUGACGAAAGUGAUGAGUCCUACGAAAGCGCCUGGUCCUACAUGCAGCACAUCCAGUCCAACGCCUUGUUUGGACACGACCGCCGUACCUUCCACAGAGAGCUCACUGAUAACAAGGCCCACAGACUUCUAAUCCUGAAGAAUAGAGUGGAGCUGGCCCAGUUCCAGAACUCCGCCCCUCAGUACCUGACCCUGUCCGAGGGCUUUUGGAAAGCCUUGUCCUCGCUGCCCUUCACAUACGAUUACUCGGCGUACCGCCAGCUGCUGCAGAGAUUCGGCACACACUACCUCUCCGAGGGCUCGCUGGGAGGAGAGUACCAGGCCCUGCUGGAGUUCGAUCACCAGGCCUUCACAUCGAGCGGUACCACCGAUCUGGAGUACCAGAGGUGCUGGAAAAAGGUGAAACGCCGUUGGUUCAGGAAGAAAACCAAGAUUGUUUGUGAAAAUCUAUCAAAGUCUUUGAAAUUUAGCGAUGGAAACACCGUCACCAAAAAGCCGAUUAAGGUGAAUAUAAAUGGAGGAGACAUAUCGCUUCUGGCAGCUCUGAGUGUUCUGGAUCUGGAAAAUCCCGAAGCUAAUGGAGAGGUCUACGAUAACUGGGCCUCAUCCGUCAAAGACUUUCCAGACGUAAUAAACCAAAAGCUGCGGCCGCUCUACGAGCUGGUGAAGGAGGUGCAGUGCGCCGGGCUGAAGAGGCUCCACCUGAAGAGGGCCACGGAGGAGUUCCUGGCCGAGGAGCAUCCCUGCCACUGCAGGCCGUGUCGGAACAACGGCCGGCCGCUGCUCACCGGCUUCGAGUGUCGCUGCGUGUGCCGUCCCGGGACGCGGGGAUCGGCCUGUGAGAUCGGAGUGCCGACCGGGGAGCAGCCAGGGGUGAUCCACGGCGGCUGGAGCUGCUGGUCCUCAUGGGGGUCUUGUUCUGGAGGUCAGAGGUCAAGAACUCGAAGCUGCAACAACCCGGCACCCAGCGGAGGAGGGCAGAACUGCGUCGGGCUCCAGGCGGAGCAGGAGCCUUGUGAAGACGCAGACAUGCAGUAUUUACAGAUGAUGGAGCCUCAGUGUUUCAGUCUCUCCGUGACCCCACCAAAGACCUGCAGAAAUCCACCUAACCUCAGGAACGGAUUUAUUCAGAAUCCUAAAGACUUUUACCUGGUUGGAAAUACAGUGGAGUACUCCUGUCAGGAGGGAUAUUACCUCAGUGGGAGUGCCACCGCCACCUGUGGCAACAACCAGCAGUGGAGCGCCGGAUCGCAGCUCUGUAAAAGUGCUACAUGUGGGUUUCCCUCGCUCAACGAUGCUGUUGAAGCCACGCCCACCAAAGCAGCCUAUCAGAUUGGAGACGGAGUGUCUCUGUCCUGUCCCGAUGGACUGGUGUUGGAUGGCGAGGUGUCGCAGACGAUGUGCAGUCCCAGUCUGCAGUGGUCUCCGUCUCCUGAUCUCACGCAGUGCAAAGCAGCUCCCACAGGCCCCGCUCCUCCAGCUGACUUGAAGUGUAAAAUCUGGGAGACGACGGGGAAAACCAAGUGUGUGUGCAAAAUGGCUUUUCAGUGCUCGACCUCUCUGCAGCUGUGUGCCAGGUUGGGAUCCGGUGCGGCCCGUUUGCUGGGCCUGUGCCAGCUGGGCGCUCUGCGCUGUGCAGGACGCGCCUUCACUCUGGCCCCCGACGGAGACUGUACCUGGCCCGACCAGACGCUCACGACCUGCGAGGACUGCAAACCGGGGACCAGAUGUCGAGGUGAAAAGUGUGAAUGCCACGCAUCGUCUGAAUGCCCCACGGACUCCGCCCCGCUGUGCGUCAGCCCCGGUGCUGGUGGGGCCGCUGUGACCAUGACUGAAUGUGAGGUGGGGGUCCGGCGGUGCGCGGGGGAGCGGGUCCAUGUCAUCGGUAUCGACGCCUGUCCGGAUUAA